AUGUUCACAUCAAGGAGACUCAUAUCUACAACUUCAACAAAUCUAGACUCAUUCACUCUUUCUAAAAUUAAUAACUUGUUUACCUCGUUAACAAGGAAAACAUCGACUGCAAAUGAUAAAAAGCAAUCUUUAACAACUACGUCUGCAAGUCCAGAUAUGGCUACAGCCACAUCGAAGAGUAUUCCUCGAAAGGUAACCAUAUCUACUUAUAAGAGAUCCACCCAUCCAACAUCUGUGCCUUUGUCUAAAUUAUUCAGUAACAGUUUUCCAUUGUCAGUGAAGGAAUCCUUGGAGGAUUACAAGUUGCGCCAUCAACCUUUGAAAUUCCAACAUGAUUUGCUUUCAUUAUUGCCGUUCUAUCCCAAACCAGAUUCUCUAGGUAGGUCAUCUAAGGUAUUGAAGGUUAUUAUUGACAAUAAGAAUCACUACAUUAACGAAUUUGUGAUUUAUCCACCAGGAAAAUCGGUGGAAGAUGAAUCAGAUUGUUUUCAUUUAAUAAUGGUUCAUGGGUAUGGUGCUGGAUUAGGGUUUUAUCUUAAAAAUUUUGAUAAGAUCUCAAUGGGCUCUGCAAGAUGGAUCAUUCAUUCUAUCGACUUGUUUGGUUACGGGUGUAGUUCACGUCCGAAAUUCACUCCUAAUAAUUUAGAACAAGUAGAAGAUUGGUUUCAUAAUUCGUUUAAUACAUGGAUGGAAAAGAGAAACAUUCCACGUGAUAAGACAAUCGUCAUGGCACAUUCUAUGGGAGCUUAUCUUAUGGCAACAUAUGGAAUCACAAGAGAUUCUAAAUUUUGCAACAAGUUACUAAUGGUAUCCCCUGGUGCUGUAAUUAAACACAGGAAAAAAGUCAAAGUUCCCGAAUAUUUUAAGAAACUAUGGGAAAGAAAUAUAUCCCCAUUUUCAAUUGUUAGAAAAGCAGGUCCAUUAGGUUCCAAAGUUGUUAGUGGAUGGUCAUCACGAAGAUUUGCCAAGUUAACCUCAAAAGAAAGCAAAUUGUUACAUAAAUAUUCUUAUGGAAUUUUUCAAGGUAGUGGAUCGGGUGAAUACAUGUUGAAUUUUUUGUUGGCUCCUGGAGCAGAUGCCAGACAUCCUUUAAUUGAACGAGGGAUCCAUAAAUUAGAAUGUGAUUUGUCCUGGUGGUAUGGGAAAGAAGAUUGGAUGGACAAAAAAGGUGGCGAAUUAUGUUCGGAUAUUAUUAAUAAUACAUCUGGAGUUGCUUACAAAAGUGACGUAAAAAUCAUUGAGGACAGCGGACAUCAUAUCUAUUUAGAUAACAUCGAUAAAUUCAAUUCAAUGGUUACUGAAGAAAUGAAAAAACUUGAAAACCAAUUUUAG